ACAAGUGCAAUUGUAUAGUAAAAGAAACUGUGAAACAGCGCCAUCUAUUAGAAAAUAAGCACACUACUUUCGACUUACGCACAAUAAGAAACAAUAGUAUCCGAUUCUACUAGAGGGCGCAACGAGUACCAAAACAAAGCAGACACUAUGGAGGAAAUUAUGAUAGCCUUACAAAAUAUUCAAAAAGAAUUGAAAGUUCAAAAAUUAGAAAUUCAGAAAAGUGGCGAAAAGGUGACAGAACAAGUAACACUCAACAUAACUAACAAAUUAGAAGAGAAAUUUACAAUAUUGGAAGAAAAACAUCAAACCUUGAAAGAAAAUGUUGAACAACAAGAAAGAAGAAUCCAAUUUAUGGAAAAACAAGCAAGACAAAGAAACAUAAUAUUCUUCGGAAUUGAAGAGAACGAGACAUCCUACCAUAACUUGGAGAACAAUAUAUUGCAAUUCAUAAGGGAAAAACUGUCCUUAAAAUUGGAUUGUAGAGAUAUUCAGGAAAUAAAGAGAGUGGGGAAAAAAGGUGAGAAACCACGACCAGUAAUUGUAACUUUUUCUACCCUUGGUUCAAAGAUCAGCAUUCUUAAGCAAAAAAGAUUAUUAAAAGACACCCAAUAUUAUUUUAACGAAGAUUACCCUAAGUACAUAUUAGAAAAAAGGAAAGAACUACAAGAAGAAGCAAAUAGAGAGCGCGAGAAAGGAAACAAAGUCACGAUAAAAUACGAUAAACUUGUUAUAUUCAAAUCAAACAACAAAAGAACACUGAUGACUUCACCAGAGUCAGAUUCCAAUUCUCAAGCACUAGUAAUUAAUAGUACAACCAGACCUAACAAGAAAAACAAAAUAAAACAGUCAAACCCAUCUAUACCCAGAUCAAACAGUGUCUCAGAAGGAGUUCUAAAACCAAGCAUUCUAAGCUACUUAAUAAACAAAUAACGUCAACAAAGCGUAUAAACAAACCAACGACAAUACCACUAU